UUACCAUCUAGUAUAACGCAGGUUCGUGGUUGAUCGAGCGGUUGUACGGUGGCUCCCGCACGAACGCAAGCGAGAGAAACGGAGAAGAAUUGUUGAACAGCGUCGUCGGGAUCGCCGUUUCUCGUCGAGAGCGCGUCAUUUAUGUGUUAUCGAGAUAUUCGGCGGAAACGAGGCGUUUAAUCAGAUUCACGGACGCAGCGCAGUCGAGUUAUGAGGCGCAAAAGUGAAAGAAAUAAAGCAAAGGGAUCUCCAGAGAAGAAGAUCGAAAAACCAACUAGGAAGUCAACACGUAGGCGUGGUAGGAGAUCGCCUUCUACAUCAUCCGAGCAAGAUGUUAUUAUUGAAGACACAGCUAAAAGUACUACUCAAAUCAAGGAGGUUGAGAAGGAGAUAAGUGUGCAGACGCGCUUACAAAGCAAAGAAUUGGAACAGACACCACAUGGGUGCGAGGAGAAGGUCUCUUCCAGUGAUAUAGACAUAAAAGUGGAUUCGCCCGAAGAUGAGGACAACGGUGGCUCAGUGGUAUGGAAAGUAGCGAGAGCAGAUGCGUCGCCUGGUGAGAUACAGAAGCUGAAAUUAUGCAGGCAGCGCAACACGUCAGAACCAUCAUCAGACACACCACCAUCGGGUAGGAAAGGUGUCAAGUCAAGUAGCAAGUGGCAAGGAAGUGGUGAGGGCGUUGCAGAGGAGGCUGACUCGGCGGAUGAGCAACUGGUUUCUUGUACAAGAACGCUCAGUAGCGUUGAACAGCCGAACGAUCCCUCCUCUUCAUACCCAGGUCAGGACUCCAACGAAGAGGUAAGUGAUAGGAAGGAGAUCCUGCCUGAAACCACUUCGGCCAACUUGUUGUCUGACGAUAAACCAAACAUAGAUCAGCAUGGUGAAUCAAAUGAGGCAAAUUGCGCUGCCCAAAUCGUUGAUAUCGAACCUGGUAAGCCGGGUACAACAACCGCGCCGACUACUAGCACGAACGGCGAGGAGACCACCGCCACUGUCAUCGAUAAAGAAGAUAAAUUUGUGGAAGUCAUCGGUGAAAAGUCAACAGAGACAUUUGUCAAAGAGACUAGCGUGGAGAACGCUCGUAGAGACACGAGCAGCGAAGAUGAGGAAGAUAAGGACGAUAAGGGGAAAACGCAUCGUCCGGUGGAUUCGUCGUCUGAUUCAAACGACGAGUCACGCCCUAAAAGAAGAUCAAGUAGUGACCGUACAUCGCCACGCGCGAAUCGUAGGAAACAUCGAAACAAAUAUAGAGAUUCAUCUAAUUCAGAAACACCCGAUUCCGAAGAUGAACCAGUUGAAAGGAAGGUUUCUGAACCUUAUGCAGAGGAGGAAGAAGAGGAGGAGCAGGAAGAGGAGAAACCGAGUGUAGAGUAUACGCAAGAGAAUGAUAAAGAACAAUCGGUGUCGCCGGAAAGAACUAAUUCUCACUCAAAUAAUGUUGAAAAACUGGAGAUCGAGCAUAGUGAGAUUGUCGAGGAUAAAUCGGAAGAAAAUACGACUGAAAAAUCAGAACAAUCUACACCGGCUAGCACUCAGGUGGUUGCUCACAAACCUGUCAAAGUCAACUUGAAGAGAUCAUUUUCGACGAGGAUAUUAUCCGAAAAGAAUGAAGUGAAAAAAGACGAUAUUGAUGCAAACAUCGAUAAUGAAUCCAAUAGUCAAAACAAAGAAAAUAGCACUGAACAAGAGCCAAAAUGUGUGCCGAGGAAACGUCGAUGGGGAACCGCACUUUCCACAGAUACUGCGCCCUCGUUUUCUAUUUCAACUGAUUCGCUUAAGGCAUUGGUGCCGGGUGCAAAACCAUUAUCGAUUAAUGAAGUUCGUCUCUCCAAGGACGAUGACGAGGACAGAGAUCGGCAUAGAAGUAACGACAAACGGUACAAUUCUAGUGAUAUAACAAAUGAUAAGACAAUGGACGAUAAUUUGCAGAAAAAUGGCGCUGCUAAAAAGGGCAAUGGAAAAGUGGAUAAUCAUAUUGCGGCAAGGCGAAAGAUAUCAAUCGUAAAGGAGAUGCCACAGAUAAAAUCGCCAAGUCCACCAGCAUCUAAACCUACUAAUAUCCUUUUGAUUAAGAAUCUAGUUCGUCCUUUCACGUUAAAUCAGAUCAAGGAACUUCUUUCGCGUACUGGCACCAUCAUGGAAAACGGAUUUUGGAUGGAUCGAAUCAAAUCUAAAUGCAUUGUCGAGUAUUCCAAUGAAGAUCAGGCUUUUGAGACAAGACAGGCGCUUCAUGGGAUUUCUUGGCCUAUGUCGAAUCCAAAGAAGCUUCAUGUGGAAUAUGCUACGAAGGAAGACAUGGAAGCCGCUCGAGAAUCGUCCAAGGAACAACCGGUUGCUCGCAAAACCGAGCCGCUCUCGUCGGAUACGUGGCAACAAGAUUGGAAUCGCGACGAAAAGAUUAAUACAGCUAAGGUGACCGUGGUAAGAGAAUGGGAUUUAGGCAAGGAAGACGGACAGCAGCACAUCCGGGAGAAAGAACGUGAGAAGAAAGAGCACGAUAAGAAGCGACGAGUAAGGAGUCGAAGCCCAGCAUUGGACGCGCAUCUCUCGGCACCGGCUCGGAAAUUCAAGAAGAAGGAGGAUGAUCCGCCGCCGGCCAAGCUCCUGGAUGAUCUCUUUAGAAAGACAAAGGCGACACCUUGCAUAUAUUGGNNNNAUAUGAAAACAUUGCAGAUAGUUGUAAAGGAGGAGAUGCGACGACAACACAUGGCAGAACACGCGCGCAGGCUAGAAGAGAUGAGACGUGCUGACAGAAAUAGAGACGGUCGACGUCGACGUAGUCCCAGAAAAUAGAGAUCAGCGUAUAUCGUCGACAACAUUAAAUGUACCUUUCCUUUCCUGACCUGACUUAUCCUAAAUUUAAUUUAACUAAAAUCGAUUUCUUUCAAUCUUAGAAUCUUUCUAAUUCUAGAUUCUAUAUUUGGUUAUUGGUAUCAGAGACAGAUCCUUUUCUUUUGGAAUCGUUUGAGAAUUAACGUUUUAACAUUUGUUGUGUUCAUAUUUUAAUCUAUUUUCUCUUUCCGGUUUCUUUUUGCAUUGCCAUCUUUUCGAUCUUCUCUACUUGCCCUUUAUUUUGAGUUAUUUUCAGUUUCAAUGGUUUCAAGUUUACAGAUAUCAUCCAAUGCAUGACUAUCAAACGUCCUUCCAAUUCCUCGAUCCCUCUUUCCUCGUGCAUCAGAAUUAAACCAUACUUCUUACAGGUCAACAUUUAUCUAUCUCACAGAGAGCCAAUAACUGUAGCUCAGAUGCAGUAUAAUGGUACUGCGUGUUUGCGUCAACUGUUGAUGGCAGAUAAUACACGAUCUCUAUGUCAUGUUGAAACCACAUCGUGAGAGACUCGCACACUCGCAGCAUCCACACGGAAUAACUUUACGACGUGGGAACCUCUUUGAAGAAAAUAGACAAGACACAUUGUUAAAUGUGGAAUAGACUUGGCAUUCAUGAGAGUAAUGUUCGUUCCUUCGCUCUUUCGUCUUUUUUUUACGAAUUGAACUUUGACACAAGUACGUUCGAAUGGAGAAACGAAGUUAUACGAUGCAAUCUGGAUGGAAAACACUGUCGCCCAGAAGCGCGGAAGAGUAUUAUGAAGAUAUUGUUUCGGGUAUUGAUGGGUGAAAAACGAACUUCGUCUCUGCGUUAAGUAUUCUUCUUCGUAGUCUACUUUGGCUGUCCUGAGCUCAACAAUUACCAACUAUUCGGCUUAUCGAUAGCAGCGGCUACGUUUGGAAAUGCGUCAGUGUUUUAAUCGUGUAUAGACUAGCACAGGGCGAGGACAUGUCUGUAAAUACAAUCAAUAUUUCAUGGUAUGACAUGUAAAAUUAUUAAUAAAUCCCAAAAAA